AUGAUUACGAUUUGUCGGGCAGAGGACGGACAGGUGUUCCAGGUCAACGCGUCUGUACGUGAUGUCGAGGGAACGGGAGGAUUAGAAAUCUUUCUUCACCAAGAAAUUGGUAUAGACCAAGAGGCUGCGCUUGCAUAUCUAUCGGACGGCAGAAGGUUAACUAAUGGGAACAUUCGUGACUUGGGAAGUGCUCAAGACCAAUACAUUUUUGUGUUUAACAAGGAUCAUCUUGACUACGACAUCGAGGAUGUUCUACUCCAGCUUCACGUCGAACCACCGCUUCAACCCGCCAUUGAUGACCUCACUGCCACCACCCCUCCAAUACGUCAUGCACAACUUGCCGCCGCUUAUGCGCGUACCUCUCAGAUGCAUCAUGAUCAUAUUCAACAUAUGCUCCAAGCUCUUUCACUACAACACCAAGCCAUGCAGAUUGCUUCCAAGAAUCUUGACUACAGCGUACUCUCAAUAUCCGAGACUUUCGACGGGAUCGCUACACAUGCAAGAAAAGAACUCGAGAAGCAAGCCUUCCUGCUGCAGGGCCUCGAUGCGGACUUAGAACUCAUAUCGAGGGUGAAGGUGGACGUCGAAUUCUGUUCUACUGCCGUAAGGAUGGCGAUAGAGGCCGGAGAUCCCCAACGAGUGCUUGGAGAUUAUGUGUCGAAGCAGAAGAUGAAGCAGGUGGAAGAUGCGUGUACAAGGACUCAUGAGGAUCUAAAAACUCGCUUCGCACUGGUGGAAGAGGCCGUUAACAAGCUCAAGGAUGGUGCAGACUCUGUCCGUGCAAACGUUGGGAAUAUUGCGGUCUUCGAAGACGCCAAUUCGUGUUUACGCCGGUCCCAGGACUUGCUUGAUACGAUAACUGAUGCAGCGGCGACACUCGAAAGUCCUGCUUCAAACGCUGAAUCGUUGUUGCAAGAGCUGAGACAUUACGAUGCGAAGCAUCGACAAGAGCUGGAACAAAUAACUGAGAAGAAGAAUCUCUACACUCGUCAAUGCUUAGCGACUCUACAUCAUAUUAGCGCUCUCAACAAUGAGCUUGUUCAUCUUCCUCCCGCAUUAUCGGCUCUGUCGGCAAGUUUCCGUGCUAAGACGAGUUUCUCGCACAUACAGCGAUUACACAAUAUGCUGUACGCCUACGCGGCGACCGUCAUCGAAAUUGUUCGGAGGAAAGAAUUCUCCAGGUUCUUCUACCAGCGCGCGCAGGGCAUUCUGGAAGUGAUGGCGAAGGUAUCAGCAAGUGAACGGAAGCGCCGUCAAGUGUAUCGCAGCGAAGUUCAUGGACAACUUCCCUUUGAGACGCGAGGCAUGGAUGAUCCAGUGCCCACGAUUGAUUUUUCGCCUACCGGAGGCACCGAGGCUGCCUAUUCGUUCGAGAGGUCAGACGUUGAUGAGCUUAUGCAAGUCAUCGUUGAUCUGGAAGAUUAUGCCCAGUCAAGUGGCGACUCGGUCGCUCUCAAUGCUUCUCGGGAGUGCCAUGCCGCACUGGAGAAACUCAUGAACAAGAUGGACAACUUGGAAGCGGGCUUCGAUAAGAUCGCCGAACGCUCACUUCUCUCUCAAUCGCGUAUAUCGCAUUCUCGACGAAGGUCGACAGAAGCAGAAGAAAAAGUGAUACAGGAACUCGCUGAACAGCUACAUGCGGUUCAAGAAGCCAAACUGCACCAGGAACAGCAGAACCAAGAGGAACGUUCGGCUCUGCAGGCUGAGAUGCAACGCCUGAAAAGCAGUUUUAUCGAAACGGAAUCUUCGUUAUCAUUGGAACAGGAGCGGUCUGCUCGUCUAGAACGGGAGCUACAUCAAGUCCGUGCUCAAAUGGAGAGCGAAGGUGUUGCUCGACGUGUCUUAGAGGAGCGUAAUAUAGCUCUUUCGGCGGAUAUCUCCAAGCAGCGGACCGAAAUCGCCCGUGCUCUCUCCGACGCCACAGAGCAGGCGAAACAGGUUGAAUUGCUUCGACAAGAACGUGCCCAAGUACAGGCCGAGAUCCAAGAGGUCAAGGAGCUGGAGAAGCGCAAUGCAGAUAAGGCGAUGCUCCUGUUCGAAGAGCAGGCGAAUACCCUAAGAAAGCUGGAAGAGGCUCGGGCUCGUGGCGAAGAUUUGGAGCUCCAAAUCCAAGCUGCUCGUGCGGAGAGCGAAGAGGUGCAUCAAGCGUUGAAGGAGGCGAGUUCGGAGAAGGAUAGGCUUCUCAAAGCCCAAGCCUCCGAGCACGAUAGGAUCAUCCGCGACCAUAUUGCUGAGGCAGACGGGGACAGGGCAGUGCUUGACCGCCAAUUCUCUGAGCUCCAAGCCGUCUUGGAGCACAACGAGCGGCAGCUGAAGGAUGUUCGGGGUGAAUUGGAGGUCGCCAAUGCCGAUGCUGCUGGUCUCAGGCAGGAACUUCAACGAGUGGAGCACGAACUGCGAGAAGCUCGCCACGUAGAGCGUCUCCUUCGAGACGACCUCAGAGCAGGCCGGGCCUCCCAGCACGACUUCGAACAGCGGAUGGAGGACAGCAGCCGACUUAUUGCGCAAAUUCUCGACGUUGCGAUAACUUUCCGAAAUUCUCAUGUGAAAGCUUUGCAUACUGCGCAGGCUAUGUCGUCCCAUCCGAACACGGGUCGUCAUGGUGGUCAUGCUACGUCGAAUAACCUCGCUGAAUCCGCGUUCUCUGGCACUGGUUUUCGCCACAACAUCAUCGGCCAGCCCGACGAACCUUCACCCAUCGACCCAUCUGACCCACAUGCAGCUCUGGAUAUUCUGCGAGAAUUCGACCAUGACCAUUUCCUAGAGGCAGUGGGCAAGACGGGCUCGACUAUCCGCAAGUGGCAGAAACAGUGUAAGGAGUACAGGGAACGAGCGAAGGGCAAGAUCUCGUUCAGGAACUUUGCCAAAGGUGACCUGGCAUUAUUCUUGCCCACUCGGAACUCGGUAUCCAAACCAUGGGCAGCCUUCAAUGUGUCAUUUCCCCAUUAUUUCCUUCAGGCGACUGGGCACCUGGCGGAGCAGCUGAAAACGCGUGAGUGGAUCGUGGCGAGGAUAACAUCCAUCGCAGAGCGUGUCGUCGAUCAAAAGGACCCUACGAGCAACCCGUAUGGCCUAGGUGACGGAGUCAAGUAUUACAUGCUGGAGGUAGAAGACUGGACGCAACCCAGCCACAACAAGCGGCGGGUGUCAUCACGAAAAACGACCGGAGGUGGUGGUGAUGUGGAGUUCCUAUCAAAGGAUCAGGCGCCUCUCGGGGCUGGGGGCCUGAAGCUCAGUCCUUCCGCACUUCCUCCGGGCCCACCUGAGGCAGAGGUUGAAGACACUUUCCAGGUCACGCACCCGCCCAACUCGCACUUGUUCCCUGUCAGGCCACGCUCGAGCAGCUCGCCGACAGCGCGGCCGUCCUCCCUUUCGCGGCUCCUUGCUCAGGCUUCACCUACCCCCGAAGCUUUUGGCGCGUCCGAGAACCUUAACCAGAACCACAACUCGAACUACCACCCGAGCCAUAGCCAAAGUCGAAGCCAAAGCGAGAAUCGGACACCACCACCACUGGCACCUCCUAGCGCCAGCGCAGAGAAUCAGAGUCCUUCUGCCCCUGAAAUUAGAAGCCCGUCGCCUGUCCCGGUAUCUCCUCCUCCGCCUCCAUCUCCGUCACAACAUACCGGCUCGGCUCCGCAGAGUGUCAAUACUAAUAUUAACAGCGCUACUGCUGCUAACAUUCCGAGCCUACCGUCACCUCUCCGCCCGGGCUCGCGUGCCUCACGGCUUUCUACCACAUCCAGGUUCUCUCUCGGCCGUCUACCUAUCCUCGGCACCGUCGCGUCUGCACAGUCUAAAGCUGCACCAACGACGGCGCUAACAGAAGAACCACUGCCAACGUCGCCCCUAUCGCCAGACGGCAAUCCCUUCCGCUCGCCUGUGACGCCUACGCUGCAGGAAAACUCGCUCUCGGAGGCGAUGAACAAUGUUUUGGGCCUCACCACCAGCGCGAGUGCGAGCCACCGGAGGCGGACGAUGUCGUACCACACCCCGCGAUCCUCGCCCCUCGCCACACAGGAGCAGAAGAAGCCGGCGGCUGCUGCGGGUGCGGGAGUGGGUGUCGGGGCCGGGGCACCCUCGCGACCGGUGAUGACCGCGACGACGACGCUUGCGAACCUCGCGAACAGCUGGGGUAUGUCGUUCGGCAGGAAGAAGAAGAAGGAGCUCGCUCAUGUUGCGGGUGUGGGAGGCCUAUCCACGACUGUCGAGUCGCCGAUCGAUGCGAGCACAAACGUUGCGGAUUCCAAUGCAAAUGAUGCUCCUCCUCCUGGUGCUUCGUCGUCGACAUCGACCGAGAACGCGAAUGGGGCUGCGUCUGCCAACAACAACUCUGCUCGCGAGCUCCUUAAGCGUUUUGACGCGACUUAG